AUGAAAUUCCUGAUCCUCGCCUGUGUUGCCGCUGUGGCCGUCGCCGCUCCCCAGUACAGCUAUGGGGCUCCUUCUGCUGAGUCUAGCGAGGAAGUCGCUGCUCCUCAGACCAGCUAUGGUGCUCCUCGUGCUGCAUCCAGUGAGGAGGUCGAGUUCGUGCCAAUCCUCAAGGACGACCGCGUCCACGAGGAAGACGGAACUUACAACUUCGAUUUCGAAGCUGCCAACGGCAUCCGUUUCUCACAAGCUGGAUCCCCCGACGGUGAUGAGGACGCCGUGAUCAAGGCUGGAGAAUACUCUUACACCACUCCUGACGGCACUGAAGUCCAUGUCAAGUACGUGGCCGACGAGAACGGCUUCCAGCCCCAGUCCGACGUCCUCCCCGUGGCCCCCGCUUUCCCCCACCCGAUCCCUCAGGUAAAGGUAAAGGUCAUGGGAGGUAAUGGGAGGAGACUAACCAUAGACAAGGUUAAUAUGGAUGUUACUGCGCUACCGGCAAUAUAA